GAGGGAGGGAGAGGGAAAUUACGAGAAAUAAACAAACAAAAACAGCAGUACUAAAUAUUCUUAUUAUUAUGAUGGCGGAGUUUUCAUUAGUAAUAAUCAAUUCAAUCCUUUAUUUCCCUCUGAAUCUGAAACCAUUUUUUAUUACUAUUAUUGGAAAGUAAAAGACGAGUGUUACAGAAGAAGAAGAAGAAGAAAACGGGAUUCAAACCAGAUCGGAAAACACCAAAACGAUGUCGUUCCCAUUCCACCGUCGAUCUCAAUCGGAGGUACAUUUCCGAAUGCCCGACGAUUUCGACCUAGAAAUGGAUCCCUUCGACUUCGACGCUUCUCCGAUCCAAUUCCAAGAUCCACCACCACCACCACCACCACACGACGAUCUUCUCUCUUCCUACAUUGAUUCCGAUAAUUCCGGAUCCAAACUCAACUCUCCCACCGCCAAUAAUGCAGAUACAGCCAGACCUAGUCACCGCCGAAGCAACUCCGCCGAUACUUCUUCUUCUUUGUUAUCAGAAGGAAUCGAAUCUAAGAAAGCUAUGUCUCCUGAUAAACUCGCUCAAUUGUGGACCGUUGAUCCCAAACGCGCCAAGAGGAUUCUGGCGAAUCGUCAAUCUGCCGCGCGGUCGAAAGAGAGGAAAGCUUGUUAUGUAGUUGAGCUUGAAAGAAAAAUUCAUACUCUUCAAACUGAAGCAACAACUCUUUCUGCUCAAUUAAAUCUUUUUCAGAGAGAUACAAGUGGUCUGUCUAGUGAAAAUACUGAGUUGAAGCUUCGGUUACAAGCAAUGGAGCAGCAAGCUAAGUUAUGUGAUGCUCUAAAUGACGCAUUGAAGAACGAAGUUGAUAGGCUCAAGCUUGCUACUGGAGAGGUACCAACCCAUGCUGAUGCCUAUGGUUUGGGAAUGCAUCAACUUUCAUAUUCUCAAGCUUCAUCCUUCCUGCACCAACCACAACAUGCUCCGAGUCCAAACGAACUUCAGGCCAUGCAAAUGCAGCAGUUUCAUUCAAUCUCAUCUAACGCAUCCACUCCCCACCAUACUCAGUUUGAUCUACCCACUCAAUAUGAUUUGUCAGAAAUGUUGUCAAGUGAUUCUAUCGGCCAGUUUCAGGGGCUGGACAUUGGCCACAAGGUUUCUCAUGUUCUGAUGCCCGAUGGUCCCUCCAUUUCUGUUAAUAAAACCAACAAUGCCUUUUGAUGCUAAUUUGACUAACAUGUCACCACCCUGUUUUAUUGGGUUGUUCAUAGAUUGACAUGAGUGAGACCCAAAGGUACUAAUUUUUUGUUUUUCUAUUGAUUUAUUUAUUUGAUUGAGGGUGUAUGUGGAUUAGCUUAUCUUGAAAAAAGGACUUCAUUUUACUGGUUUUUGAGAUUUUUUGAAAGAAAAAAAAUUCCUUAAAAA